AUGAAACGAAACUCCAGUUCUCGUAAAAAUGCUGAGAAAUCAUCUACCUAUGAAAAACCAUUCCGUUUGCCUACAAAUCAUGUUUUAUUUACUCGAUUGAAAACAAUUCUUAUUUCAACAAUAUCUCAAGCGAAACAAGUACUUUGGAUACCGACAAUGGAACAGGCGAUUGGUGUAAUUUAUGAUAUGGCUGAAACACCGGAUUCAAUUAUGUGUUAUCUACUACGUUCAGUUGCAGAGAAAUUAGUCCAGUUUAAAGCACCAGCCGCCUUGAGCCAAACAAAUUCAAAUCCAUCAAAUGAAAUGACAACAGAUAUUGUUAUUCCUAAUAGUCAACCAACUGAUGAAAAUAAUGUUGAACAAGAGAAUAUCCCACCGCCGUCGUCAGCACCAUCAUCAUCCCAGGUGAAAUCGGAUCCAGAAUUAGCCAGUUCUGUUGCUGUCAGUGUACCAACAUAUUUACUGUCUAGAUUUCUAGCUCUUAUUGGUCAGAUCGCACUGAAACAACUUAUCUUUUUAGAAUCAGCUGUUCUCACUGAAUUGAAACGUCGGGCGUCAAUUAAAGAGGAUAGAGAUUCAAAGCAUAAAUCAAAAUCAUCACGUAAAAACAAUAGACCGUCAAGAGUGUCAAUGACUGAACAAUCUGGAAAUGCUUCAGGAGCAGGUCAAUCAACUGUUGACGAAGAGUGCGGUUUAGUCGGUGUAGCCGCUGAUGAUACAGAAGCUGAGUAUAUACGUGAAAUAUGCGAUGAAGAGUUACUCAAAUCACCGGAUCUUAUCCUACAUCAUAUGUUAAAUUUUGUCACCUAUGUCUGUUCACAUCCAUCCACAUUCUCAGAUGAAACUGUCCAAGCAUCAGCUAGCCUGGCAUUAGCUAAAAUGAUGCUUGUCAGUGCUGAAGUCUGUGAACCACGUCUUCAGUUAUUAUUUACAAUGGCUGAAAGAAGUCAAUCAGAAAUAGUAAGAGCUAAUCUAAUUGUUGCUCUGGGGGAUUUAUGUCGUCGAUUUCCAAAUCUUAUUGAACCAUGGACACCAAAUUUGUAUGCACGAUUACGUGAUACCUCAGCUAAAGUUCGUACUAAUGCUUUAAAUACACUGAGUCAUUUAAUUUUAAAUGAUAUGGUCAAAGUUAAAGGUCAAAUUAGUGAAAUGACUGUUUGUCUAGUAGAUGAAAUUGAACGUUUGAAUAUUUUAGCACGUCGAUUCUUUCGUGAAUUAUCACAGAAAGGCAAUGCACUAUACAAUGUUGUACCAGAUAUUAUCAGUCGAUUAAGUGAUCCUAAUAUUGGUGUAUCAGAAGAGCAUUUUCGAUCAAUUAUGGAAUUUCUUAUUCCUUUAAUUGUAAAAGAACGUCUAUGCGAAACUUUAGUUGAAAAACUUUGCUCCAGAUUUCGAACUACUACAUUAGAACGUCAAUGGCGUGAUUUGGCGUUUUGUUUAAAUGUUAUGCCGUUCAGUGAACGAAUGAUGAAAGUGUUAUAUGAAAAUCUACCUGCUUUUGCCGAUAAGCUAUGCAUUACUGAAGUGUAUGCUGCAUUCGAGUGUAUAAUAACGAAUGUGAAAAAAUUAAUUAAACCAGAUGCAAUGGCUACACUAGAAGAAUUUGAAGCUAAAAUAAAAGAAUUCCAUGAUAAAGGUGUUGCUGAUGAGGCAGCAGUUCGAAGAGCAGAAGUUGCUGCAAAAUCGCUUAAACAACGUUCAUCACGUAAUACUCGUGUAUCUACAAAUUCAGCUACUGGUGGAAAGAAUGAAAUGAUACGCAGAAAUUUACGACGUGCUGCAACUAAUCGAAUAGCUAGUACUUCUAAUAUACCAAGUGGUGAUGAAGAUGUUGAUCUCGAAGAGAACUCACCACCAACUACAGCAACUCGUGCAAAAAGUGCUCGUACCACGCGUACCCGCACUAAGCUUAUCUUCAGUUCAGAUGAAGAAGAGUUAGAUGAUGAAUGAAGUAGUGAAUGUGUUCAGCUAGAGUAGUCAUCUUGCACAUUAUUGGCAGUCGUAUUGUAUUAUAGGUGUCAAAUCAAGAGUUGACCGGUGUUUUUUUAUAUGUUCGCCCCUAGAUGUAUUUAUAUUAUUUUUUAUCAAUACUGAGAUUUAUUUAUCUUCACGGCUGUUGUAAAUUUGUUUUAUGCAUGUAUAUAAAAUGUUGAUGUCAAUCUGCUGUAAUAAAAUCUUCGUUAACUAGAUUUGAAAUUAUCUUUUAAACUUGUUAUAACUGCUACCUGGAGAUAGAAUUU